CUCUCUCUCUCUCAUAAGAAUAUUCAAGAAAAAAAUAAAAUGUUUCCAAUCUCAAGUGAUGGAGUGUUUGAGGAUCCUUUGCUACUCUUUGAGCAAGAUGGAUUUCUUCAAGAUCUGCUUGAGGAUAUUAAUCCCAUUUCAGAGGGCAAUAAUCACACUGAAAAUAGUGUGAAAAAGAGGGCAAGAAAGGUUGAAGCUGAGAGCAACAAUGGCAGCAGUGAUUCCAAGAAGAGUGCUCACAGAUUCAUUGAGAAGCAGAGAAGGCAAGAAAUGUCAACUCUUUAUGCUUCUCUCAGAUCCCUUCUCCCUCUUGAAUACAUCAAGGGAAAGCGCACUGUGUCGGAUCAUAUGCACCAGGCAGCGAAUUACAUCAACGAUACGAAGAAGAAAAUCGAGGAAAUGAAGCGAAGGAGGGAGAGUUUGAGGAAUGUGGAUCAAAAGUACUCGAAUGGUCGUGAUUCUUCGUCUUACUGUGUGAAGAUAAAUUUAUUUAGAGAUGGAUUUGAGAUCUUGAUUAGUAGCAAAGAAAGCUUCCCUCUUUCGACUGUGCUAGAAAAUUUGAUCAAUCAAAACCUUGAUGUAGUUAACUGUGUUUGUAGUAGAGGAGAUGGGUGUUACCUCCACAAAAUUCAUGUUGAGAUUAAUGAAUUCACAAGCAUUGAUCUAUCUGAGUUGCAAGAAAAGUUGGUGAAUUUGCUGCAACUUGCUUGACUGUGGCAGCUGGAGUGAGCUUUGAGUUUGUAAAUAUCAAAAUUAUUUGUUUUUAUAUGUUUAUUAUUUCAUGAUCUUGGUGUUGGUGUAAUCAAUUUGAAGAAUGCUAUUUCUCCAUCUUUAAUUUUGAUAUGUUUUCAAGUUUCAUAUCCUAGAUUUUGCUCCUCAAGUCUUUUUAGUUUGGAAACAUGGAUUUAUUUUAGGUGAAUUGGUGUAGAAUUUUUAGAUGUUUGGAACUUGGAACUUUUGUAAAGAGCUGGCUAAGAAUAUUGCACAUUAUAAGCUCUUAUUUAUGAUU